AUGAACGGCUCCCUUUUGACCCCACCCAGCCCAAGGGCAGCAAACUCCUCUCCUUUACCUCCUUCCCCCUCACCCUCCCCAUCUCCUUCCCCUCCUUCUCCCUCUCUGUUACCCCUGUCUCCCCGGCCGCCUCCUCUGCCACCUCUGGUGAGCCCUCCACCCCAGGCUCACCCACUCUCCCUGUCAGACACCCCAACGCCAUCCCCCUCCCCCUGUCUGAGCUGGACCGAAUUCUGUGAGCUCCAUGCCCGCGUUGCAGCCGGUGACUUUGCACGCCACUUUCGGGCAUUUCUCCUGGAAAAUCCACACUACUCCCCAGACUCAGCUGCUGCCUUCUGUAGGCGCUUCACUGACCGUUUUGUGCGUCACUUUCAGAGUGAGCUUGAGGGGGCGCUUCCUCCAAGUUGUACUUCUGGGAGGGAAGAUAUGGUGAGCUGGGCUCCUCAGUCAGAUGCCACAUCUUUGGAAGAAGAGGCUGUUUCCCCUCUGUCAGCAUCAGCAGGAGCUGUCCUUCCUUGUCCCCCCACUAACAUUACACGAGCUUCAUCCAAGCCUGCACCUUCACAACUGGUGUUGGAGAACCGCAGCAGUGACAGGUUUCAGGAUUCUUAUGCCCAUGGCCAAGUCUUGCCCCCGUCUUCUUCCUCUUCAUGUUGCUCCUCAUUGGGAGGAAACAAUGGGAGGCGUGAGGAGCGGGGGGCUAUGGUCACUCCAGGGAAUGGGGAGGCACCAGUUGAGGAAGAGGAGGACAGCUGGUUAGGGGUAGCAUCUGUGGGGGAGGAUGUUGAGCCAGAGGAGCAGGAUGGAGAGUCUACAGAGGUGGAUGGUGCAGGCCCCUCCCACACUCCUCAAGUUCCACCUUGCUCUUCCUCAGUCACUCCUCCGCCCGGCUCCAAAGGUAACAGUACACCCAACUCCAAAAACAAACUGAAGAAGCGCUUUUCCCUACGGAGUGUGGGUCGUAGUGUGCGGGGGAGUGUCCGGGGCAUUCUGCACUGGCGAAGCUCCUCCAGUGACUCUGCCCAGAGCCAGCUGCCCUCUAGUUACAGCUAUACUAUGGGUGUGCAGGAUGCUACCUUGGUUUCAGCCUCAAAGAGGAACUCUGGUACACAGCCUCCCACACCCACCUCCUCCAUGCCCGUGUCCCUGUCCAUGCCCCUUUCCCUCCCUCACUCCUCCUCCUCUUCACUGCCCCCCUCAUCCUCAAGCAGUGCCACCUCCCUGUCUCUGUCAGAGGCUGCUCGGGAUCGGCGGCGGAGCAAUGGUGAAGGAGGUGAAAAAGAGAAGUGGAGCCAGCGACUCGAGAAACUCAGACUGUCACGAUCCCCCCCUCCAGCCCUUACCCAAACCACAGCCUCCACUUUGCCUCCAAGCAGUGCCGCUGCUGUCGCCAUCGGACCUCCAAGAAAGGUGGGCAGGCUGGUUCGGGAGGGUGGGGUGAGUGUGAGUUCAUCCAGUGAUGAGUUGAGUGCAAGCCACGGCUUUCCUGGCUUCUCAUUUGGUCUACUGCAUCAUGGUACGGACAACAACAAUUCUGCCCCAGCAACAUUGGCUUCAGCUCAGGCAGCUCCAGUGCAGCCUCUGGCCAGUGGGGGAAACGUGCCCUGGAGAGGAGGACGCUGGCAUAAAUGUCGCUUGGUCCUCAGAGAGCGGGACAGAGAAGGUGGUGAGCGGGGAGAGGAGUACUACUUGGAAUUCUUCAUUCCACCAAAAGUAAGGGUUUCCCUCUUUAAAAUAACGUACAUACCACCUUUGAAUUUGGCAGGUCUCAGAAAGUGAAAGCUAUUAUUGUCAACAUGGGCCCCAUUUGUAAAUCUCUGUUGAAGUCCUUUGUAUUGCUAUUGACAAGCUCAGAUUCUUAUCCAGUAUGUCUGACAAUGUUGUGAAAAGGAUCGCAACAGAGAUGUACCUUUUGUUAUUGAAUAAGAUGCUUUCUUAUACAACAGAAAGUUCUGUUGAAUUACAUCCUUAAGAUCAUCAUACUAGAUGAAGAUAUGGAAUAAUUGUGUUGUAUCCAGAGAAGCCAGUUGAGAUGUUGAUUUAGAUGCCUUUACAGGACUUUUUUUGGUGCACCAGUUAAGUUUUUUCCAAGUUGAACAAAAAUGUUGUCUGAUGAAUCAUUUGUGGUUAGUUGAUACGACGUGUCAUUCGUCUCGUGAUAUUUAUCCAAAAAAUAGAUAAUAGCUGUCUAAGAAGCAGUUUAGUGGCAUGUAGAUGAAUAUGGUGUUGUUGUGUCAUGCAGGUUGUGAGAAUUUGGGGUUUAUGCAGGUUUGUGUUUUAAAGUGUUUUAUUUUGGUUGAGAGUAGAUAGUAGGAACUGUUGAGGGAAGCUGUAUGUUUCAGUAGCAGGAAUCUAGGUCUAAAGUACUUCUCGGGCGGUUGAUCUUCUUGAAAACUCUGAACUCAUGAGUAAUACAUUCCAGAGUGCAGGAACUUUGAGGGUCAGGGCUUAAACAUGGUCUUAAUCACAUUGGGACAUUGACUCUUUAAUUUACAUAUAAAAUAGCAGCUUUGUGCACAGACACAUUCACACUAACAUAGAGGAGGGAGGAGUGGUUGUGCUGGGAUGUAAACUGUGUAAUUUAAUUAUAUUUUAACUGUAAAACUAUGUACCAGCGUGAAUUGGGACUGAAAUUGUUUGGGUGGUUGGUCUUUUAACAUUAACAUUGAGUGUUUAAUUUAAUCACAAAUUCCAGCAGAGAGAGGGUAACACAAGUUGAAAGGGAGACUCCAAAAGAACAAACAUUUCUCAUAAUCUGGUAUUGAUCAGCACUGCUUACCUGGUGCCAACAUAAAUUUUAACCACUUUUAAGACAAAACUUUAUUAGAGACUUCAACAAAGUGGUGUGAAAGGGCUUUCUUUUAUCAAAUAACUGCCCUGGACUAGUUUUCUACAUGUCAUUGGACUGAUUUGUAUGAUCUUAAUGAGACUUUCCUGCAGGCAAAAAUAAUCUAUUAGAACCAUUUAGCUCCUUGGUGAGAAAUCAUGGAAGCAAAACUGUUUGGUUCUUUCGGUAAAAAUGAACAUUUAGUUAGCAGAAACAAGACUAAGUCCUGCCCGUCACCCCCUGAACACCAGUUUUCUUUUUCUUUUUUGAUAGUAAAAGACAAUGCAGAAACACAUUUUUUUAUCCAUGCUUUAUCUCCACAGUCAUCAAAGCCACGACUGACUGUCCCUUGCUGUUCGAUUGUGGAUGUGAGGAGCACCACAGCGCUGGAGGUCCCUGAUAAGGAGAACACCUUUCUCUUGCAGGUAAUGCUGAAUUACCCCAGAAUGACUUUUGUCUCUCAAAGGAAUCUAAGCUGGCAGCAUUGCUGGACUGAAAGGCCUCCUCUCACUGUCAGAGUCUACUCACACAAAACAUUAACAGCAAAACGUUUUAAAACUGUACUAUUUGGAAUUUAGAAGUACAGUUAUGUUCAUAAUAAUAGCAGUGUGUUUAAAAAGGUUAAAGGGGACCUGCCAUCAAAAUGUAAUUUUGUGUGUUUUUUGUGUCAGAUAAGGUCCAUAUUAUGUUCGUCUUAUGUUGUAAAUGUGAAAACAAACUGUUACGUCGUUUGCAUUCUGUAAAGGUUUAAAAUAAAGGAACGGGUAAACCAGGCCAAUUGAAAAAGCAGGUCCCUCUGACGUCGGGCUGACCUUGCUCAUUAUUAUUCACGAGCGCGUCCUCGGUGAGCCGCACCCACUCUCUCAUUCUCGUACUCAUUCACAGUCAACAUCACUCUCCAGCCAGAGCGAGACCCAGCUACCACUGUAUCCGCUAUGGGUCUCUUCCAAACGAUCAGUGUUUCCUUGGGUUCACUGCCAGGAAAAUGAACUUAGAGCUGGGCAGAAUGAAUGAAAACACCACUGGAGAUCUCUGGCUUCUUCAACUUCCACCUCCUCUUUGGACUUAAGGUCUUAGAUAUAUAGGGUUUAAUACCUGCCAUUUUUAGCCUUUAGCAUAAGGUGACCAGACGUCCCCAAUUUCCGGGGACAGUCCCCGUAUUGGAUGACCUGUCCCCGGCAAAAGCUGUCCCCAAAAAUGUCCUCGAUUUAAGUGUUUCAUGAAUGAGAGCAAAAAUGUUGCGUGUGGGCUCGAACAACGGUUAUUACAAUAGCCGAAUGGGUAGGAAGCACAAGUAAGCAGUCCUGAACAACAGUUUUUAAGGGGGUUAUUACAAGGGGCAUGCGUUGUUACUAAACGGUACCGAGAUUUUGUCUGUGAUCACACAGCCCCUGCAGCCCCUGCACCCUCCCCGCAGCCGCCGCCGCACCGAAUAUCCCCGGAUAUCAUCACAGACAUCUGGGCACCUUACUUUAGCACACAUUAGCAAAAUGGAUAAACCGAAAUCCGAACCUCCAUUGCUGAGCCAAUCAGAGCACAGCAGGCUUCACAGCAGCGAUCCAAUCAGAGCAAAGCUCAUUACCAUAAAUGUUAAUGAGCCAAAAUCAGUUGGUUUUCCUGUAAGGUUUUUUAGGCAUACUAAAACAAACCAUCAAAUUACUUUUCAGCUAAAAUUAUGUUGCAAACAUGAUCAGAGGACAUCAAGGAUUAUGAAAAAAUGAUAAAAAUGGGUAUGAAAUUUUGAUGACAGGUCCCCUUUAAUAAACCUCAAAUAAUAAACCUUCUUUGGGACACUGCACAUUCUAUUUCAAAGAAGGAAAAUUGGAAAAAGUAAUUGAAUUUGGUAAUAUUUUACAGAAAGUCAAGAAUAGUAAUGUUCAUAAAAAUAACAGUGUUGACAUCUUUCUUUACAAACUCAAAAAUGUACUGCAUAAACUAAGAAAUGCUUGAAGAUUCAACUUUCCAGAGAAUCAUAAACUAAUAUUUAGUUGCAUUACCACGGUUUCUGAUAACUGCUUCACAUCUGUGGUACAUGGAGUCGACCAACUUCUGGCAUCGGUCAACAGGUAUUGCAGCCCAGGACAAUUGUACUACCUUCCACAAUUCCUCUGCAUUUCUUGGUUUUGCCUCAUAAACAGCAUUUUUUUAUGUCAGCCCACAAGUUUCCUAUAGGAUUAAGGUCCGGGGAUUGUGCUGGCCAGUCCAUUACUUGAAUUCUAUUUGUCUGGAACCAUGAUUUUACUCGCUUGCUGGUGUGUUUGGGGUCAUUGUCUUGUUGAAACAACCAUUUCAAGGGCAUUUCCUCUUCAGCAUACAGCCACAUGACUUCUUCCAGUAUUCUGAUGUACUCAAACUGAUCCAUGAUCCCUGGUAUGUGAUAAAUAGGACCAACACCAUAGUACGAGAAACAUCCCCAUAUCAUGAUGCUUGCACCACCAUGCUUCACCGUCUUUGCGUUUGCAGGCUGUCUGACAAACUGUCUGUGGCCCUUAGACCCAAAAAGAAUAAUCUUACUCUCAUCAGUCCACAAAAUAUAACGUCAUUUCUUUUAGGGGGCGGUCAAUGUGUUCUUUGGCAAACCGUAACUGCUUCAGCACAUGAAUUUUUUUUAACAAUGGGACUUUGCGGGGGCUUCUUGCUGGUAGCUUGGCCUCACAUAGACAUCGUCUGAUUGUUACAGUACUCACAGGCAAUCUUAGAUCUUCUUUGAUCCUCCUGGAGCUGAUCAUUGGCUGAGCCUUUCUCAUUUUGGUUAUUCUCCGAUCCAUUCGAUUAGUCGUUUCCCUUUUCUUCUGCGCCUUUCGGGUUUUGGCUGCCAUUUUAAAGUGUUUGAUAUCGUUUUAGCUAAACAGCCUAUCAUUUUCUGCACGUCUUUAUAGGUUUUCCCCUCUUUUAUUAAUUUCUUAAUCAUAGAAUUAAGAACCUCAGUACCUCCAGGAGCAGCUGAUCAGCUGACCUGAGGCACAGAGCGGGGGUGUAGGGGUGGAGAAGCUCAGAGAGGUAAGAUGGAGCCAGACCAUUUAAAGAUUUAAAAACAAAUAAAAGAAUCUUAAGAAUCUUUUCAACGACAAAUGCACAGCCAGCAUAUGCAGCGUCAGUUGCCUUGAUCCUUAAAUGAGGGCCACCUGUUUAACACCUUUUUUUCACAUAAUCAAUGACCUUACUAAUUUAACUCUGCACUGCUAUUUUUUUUUGACAGGCCCCUUUAAGUAAAUGAUUCAGUUUCUCAGAAUCAGCAGCAUGCAAAUCAUGCCUGUUUGGGUCUGUUGGUUUUCUAUACCGUUACUAAACCUUCUCAAAACUUACUUCCAGUGUAGUAGUAGAAAUUCUAACAAAAACAGUGAUUUAUCUUGCUAGAGUUGUGGGACUACUAUUAUUUUGAACACAACUGUACAUACAUACCAUGCUGUUGAGUCUGACCAACUGACCUGAAAUAAAAACUGAAGGAGGGUAGGUUGGUCCCCCUGUAAUUUUAACUAUGGACAAGUGCACAGCCACACUACACCUACAAAGAUCUGUAUUUCUCUAUUUUCAGCUGGAAGGACUGGCGCAGUACGUCAUUGAAACACGUGAUGCUGUACAGAUGAGAGCGUGGCUGAGUGACAUAAGGAAUGGAAUCUGUCUCAGGUAAAAAAUAAAUGAAUGACUGAAUGGAUAAGUGAGGACAUGUUUUGGAAGAAGAGAUUAUUCGGGCCACAAAGCAGCCGGAAGUGUGACCAUUAGCUACUGUCACUUUACUCAUAGUGAACAAGAAGAUGCUGAAGGUGUGUGUGGGGGGCCAUUAGACAUCAGCGGGACGCCUGAGAUUGUUGACCGUCUUUCACAAGGUAUGUCGUUCAUUUUUGUGUGACGUAAUUGGAUGAUACAGCAGGGUUAAAAGAGUAACAAACUCCAGAGCCUGAUGCUUUGAUUUAGGGUUUAGUUUUAAACUAAAUUGGCUUAUUCUGGCUUGUGUGAACUACAAAGAUGAGUUAUUUGUUUGACUUUAUUUUCUGGUUGUCUUUUAUCGUCCCAGUGUGUUAUGGUGGUAUUGGAGGCUCAUCACCUCUGAUGGAUCCUCUGCCACCCGAGCUGCCCCCUCGAGCCCCUCUUGAUGAACCAGACGGCAGGAUUCUUGGAGGAGGAGGGGCAAGUCUGGGCACACCUUUCGCUGAGACACCAGAUGCUACGGGUGAGCAUGACCCUGACACAAACAUUUAAUUAAAUGAUCAUAUCUUUAUAAUCUCAAAAAUUGAGUAAAAAUUUCCAGUGAGUUUGUGGUACUUUCCAAAAAUUUCUCUGAACUUUCCCAAAAGCAUCUGCUAGCAGCAAAUACCCAAAGUUGCCAUUCCAAAAUACCAAAAGUAUAAGAAACCAUUAAAAAAAAUUUCUGAACUUGUAUCCGUUUUCUAAAAAAUGGCUUUGUUAUUCCACAAAAUCUUUUUGCAGCUGUGGUCUUAUUACAUUAGCUUGUUUGAAAACAUGUUACAUAGCGGUGUCAACAUUGUAAGCAUUAGUGGCUGGGUCCACCUCAGUGGCUUUCAUUCUCACAAUGCCCACUUUUUAAUGGCCCUUUUCAACAGCGUUUACAGUUGCUUGGGUAUGAAAGUGUUCACAGCACAUCCUCUUGCCUUAGUAGUGAUUUUAAAUGUGUUGUUGUGCUUCCCGUUUGAUUUUAGUCAAUUGUGUUAAACAAAGAAAAUCCCAAGAACAACAAACAGAACAGGGCUUGACACUAACUUUUUUCACAAGGGGCACAUGUGCUCCUAAGUUGAAAAAGUAAGGAGCACACAAAGAAGAUCAAAUAAUGUUUGUCUUAUUGGUGGACGUAAGAACUAUUACUUGAAAUUAAUUUUAGAUCAAAUGGUCACAUGACAUAGAAGCUUUUGAAGGAAAAUAGCCUUUUCUGAGAACAUCAACCGGUAACUUAUUGAUGGUCUUGCUAUUCCUGGUUAUGGAGAGUGAGAAGACACCGGUCCGCAGUGAAUGUCCAUCGAAUAUCCAACCUAAAGCUAACUUCACUGCGGUAUUUACAUGAAAAAACAUUUGUUGCGUCGUCUAAUUUUUUUAUGUGCACAUGUGCCCCUAAAUACAUUUUACAAUUCGCACACAUCUAUUUUUAGUCGCAAAUGUAAGUGAAAUGGUCCCACUGUUGAGCCCUGCAGAAAUUGUGUCAUAGCAUUAGCGGCAUCUCCAGAUUAAUGGCCAAACAACAGAGUUGAUGGAAUCUGUUUUUCUUUACAGCACAUCAUACUCACUUCUCCUGUGUCAGAUACAUACAUGCAGAAAUCAAACAAUGCAACAUCACAAGACAACAGAUGUAGAUACAAAUUACUUCAGAUAUUUGUUUAGUGACCAUAUGGCAUUAGGGAAAUAAACUGUUCUUAAAUCUGGCUGAGUUGGCUGACAAAGACCUGCAACACCUCCCAGAGGGCGUAAGUGUGAACAGGUGGUGCGCAGGGUGUGUAUGGUCUGAGGUGAUUUUCAGUGCUCGCUGAGUGACGUCUUACAGAGUCUCUAUAGAUGGGAGGGUGUGGCCAGUGAUUUUGGAUUAUCUGUUAAAUAUGCAUUUGUGCAUGAAUGACUGUCCAAGUUUCCAUACCAGACUAUUAAUGAUGAUGUGAGGAUACUCUUGAUUAUGCCUGUGGAAAACUGAAGGAGGAUGUGUUUGACUCCGAACGUUUUAGGCUGUCGCAGAGAGAACAGUAUUUUUUCCCGUAAGAGCCUCCAUUGUUGUAGGCAAAGAUUCUAUCAGAAGUCCCACCCCUGCUUGUUUCUGUUUGGUUGGGGAUCAAGAAGUGACACUGAUGUGUAGGCCUGUCACGAUAACAAAUUUUGCUGGACGAUAAUUGUGCUACAAAUUAUUGCCGAUAAACGAUAUUAUUGACACCGUUUUUUAAAUGAUAGAUAAUGAUAAUAUAUGGCAUAAUAAUGCGUUUACACCAUGUCAAAAGUGAUAAACUUUAAUUUCUGCUGUCUGUCAGCGCGCACCAUUUUGCACUGUUUUGUUUAUAUUUGCUUUGCUUACCAAACGCUUCAGUAAGCGGUACCUGUUGGGACGAUGGCUCCGCAGCACCUCCGGCGGUACUUUUUUUGCUCAGUUGAGAAAAAUGGAGGGGAUGAUUGUGCUUGAGGUGCGCAUGCAUGUUCGUUGUAUUCCCCUUCUUUGUCACCACAACUUUGGAACAAAUACGAUAUAUCGGCUCGUCCGUAUUUGUCGGCUCACCUCUUUCAUUUGGUUUAAAGCCGAAAUAUUCCCACACUUGGGUUGUUGCGUUCGGUUUAGACACCAAAGCUGUCGUGUUCAUUCUGUUUGCUUGCUUUUCACUCACGACGCUCACUUGCAGCACUGUAUCCAAAAUUCUGUGUGCCUGUGUGCGAGUGCGCGCAGUCCCCCCCCCGUGACAAAGACACUGAAUGACUGACAGGAGGGUCCACUAACUCCGUUCAUUCCGCUAUAGAGCCAACGCCCCCAGGUGCCGAGAACAAUGCGCAGAGUGAGACCUCUUCUCUCAUCCAGCGUGUUUGGUAGUGAGAGAGGAGGAAAACAAACGUACGUCAAUUAUCGAGGCUGGCAAAAUGACCGACCUCAUUUUUAUACCGAGCGAUAAAGCGAUUUAUUGAUUAUCGCGACAGGCCUACUGAUGUGUAUGGCGGUGUUCCAAAAGUGGAGGUAUUUUUUAUCUGAGGGUGUUUUGGUGCCAAGGAUACUGAUUGCUGAAACGCUGAACUGUAUACAAACAAAAAACAGGCACUGCCAGCUCAAAGACAGCAUCAUCUGUCACAGCCCGUCAGAGUGUUGCAUCCCCUUUUUUAGGCUCCUUCCUGUUCUCAGAGACGACGGUUGCAGAGGCGGUGGAGCACCCUCUCAGCGAGUGUCAGUGGUUUCAUGGCACCCUGUCCCGUCUCAAAGCUGCUCAACUGGUCUUGGCUGGGGGCCCUGCGAGCCAUGGCGUCUUCCUGGUCCGCCAGAGUGAGACACGGCGUGGAGAGUAUGUCCUCACCUUUAACUUCCAGGGCAAGGCUAAGGUGAGCUCAAGGUUUUCUGUACUGAACUAAACAUACCGUACUUCAUGUUCUCAUGACCUCUUUCUCUGGUUUAUCCUUUUUUAAAAUUUUGUGAGCACAUCUCUGCAAACUGAAAGUCAGUUAUUUUAUUGGAUGGCAGCUAGACUCAGAACAUCACUAUGUUAUGCAAUGUCAUUAGUUUCUUCUCUUCUCAGUAUUCUAUUGAAUAAUGACAGAAUGACUUAAAAAAUAUUUUUGCCUUUUAGCAUCUCCGUCUUUCACUAAAUGAGGACGGUCAGUGUCGGGUGCAGCACCUCUGGUUCCAGUCCAUCUUUGACAUGUUGGAGCACUUUCGGGUGCACCCGAUUCCCCUAGAAUCUGGCGGUGCCUCAGAUGUCACACUCAUCAGCUUUGUGGGUGCCACUGCUGUCCGCCAGUCAGGUAUGAGGAAGCCAAGCCCCCACUUGAAAAAAGAACAGAAGCACAGGAGCUGAGAAACUUUAAAGGAGACAUUAAGCCCAUUUCAGACAUGUGUUUGUGUGUAUAUUUGCUCAACAGUGCACUAUAAAUUAACAUGGAAUCAUUUAAAUCUAGGGAUGGGAAUCGAGAACCGGUUCUGUGAGAACCGGUUCCAAAUGGUUCAAUCCAUCGACAUCAUUUACAUAUUAUCUUGACGAUUCCCUUAAGGAUUCCUUUCUUCUGGGUGCCUUGAAAAACUGGUCUCACACGUGCCAGUCUAUACGAAGGGGAACAGAGACAGAAAAAAAAACAGCAUGGAUGGUUGAAAAGGUGCAAAGGUGGAAACACCAGCAACAUGCUUAAACAUUUGUCAACGGGGCACGGCAUCAAAUAUAAGGAGUCAUAUGUAUUCAAUGCUCUCCGCCAGUGUUGUGCUGUAGAAUGCAUCCCAUCCACUCAUUAGCUCCUUAAAGUGGAAGAAAAAGAUCUCAUAUUUAAAAAAACUCGAGUAUUGGAUCACGAAAACAUGUCAAAUGGAGCAGCAAACUUUUGUUCUGUUUUCAUGUGACUCAAAAAUGAACACAUAGAGGUGUACUUGGGUAUAUAAACAGUAUAGUAAGAUUUCGGGACAGCAAAUAUUCCGAAUCAGCGGGCUAUUGUUUUCGGCUUGUCUGAAUAGCCUGAAUGAAAUCAUCGCUUUUGAAUGAAUCCAAUGAUAAGGAAAACUUGGACACCUUCGCCUUGUUAUGUACUUUAUACCGCGCUCCCGUCAGGGGAUGCUUUCUAUGGCAGGGGUGCAUUCUACGGCAUAACACCUGUUGUCAGCGGCUGCAGCUCCGUCUCUGCACGGCAUGAAAGGUACAUAUGUUAGGGUGAUUAUUCAUCCUUUUUUUCCUGUACAUGUCCUCUUUUGGGGGGCUGUCCGGGGGGAGUAUAUAAAAUCCUUCAAAUGUCCAGAACAUGUGUUCAUUCAUUAUAAAACAGUGCAGAGCAUCAGUGCUCUCUGCAGCUCUGCCCCUCCGCUCACUUCUAAGCAAAGCCACUGACGCGACGCACGUAUGUACUGUCUUUGGGAAUUCAGAAUAAUAAACGUUUAACUGAGCCAGAAGCACAUAAAAACACUCGACCCGACCAAAAAAAACCUUCAAAAUUGCACACACAAGUAUGCCCCGCGUAUUAGUGUCCUCUUUUUGGGGAUUCAGAAUAUGGUCACCCGAACGUAUUUCCUGUAUUAACAUAAGCACAAUGCAUGCCAGAAAUGCUGUACAAAUAGUGUUUUUGUUUGAUUAAGUGGAAAUGCUGAUCAAGCAUUUCCGCUUAUUGUUAUUCCUGUCGGCCAUUUUCUUUAUUAUUAAACUUAUUAUUGAGUGGGAUUGCGAAGCAUUCCCUCUAUAUGUUAUUCAUAUCUUUAUUAUGGAGUGGGAUUGGGAAGCAUUCCCACUAUAUGUUAUUCAUAUCUUUAUUGAGUGGGAUUGCGAAGCAUUCCCACUAUAUGUUAUUCAUAUCUUUAUUGAGUGGGAUUGCGAAGCAUUCCCACUAUAUGUUAUCCAUAUCUUUAUUGAGUGGGAUUGCGAAGCAUUCCCACUAUAUGUUAUUCAUAUCUUUAUUAUUGAGUGGGAUUGCGAAGCAUUCCCACUAUAUGUUAUUCAUAUCUUUAUUAUUAUUCAACACACUUCCACCCUUAACUACUUCCACAUACUUCAACAUAUUCAAACCAUUCAAACUUCAAAAGAUUCAUCUCAUUGAGGACAUUCAGGGGUGUAUUCAAAAUUUUCCUAACAUUCAUACUUUCCGAGAUAUUCCAGGUUUUCCGACCGAUUUCUCCCAUUAGAAAUGCAUUACGGAAUGUUCAACUUGGCCCUUUUCUCACAUUUUCUUUGCACAACUUCAAAAGCCUUCAACUCCUCUAUACUUCCACGUAGAAACUUCAUUCAAAAACCAAAAUAUUCACAAAUUCGUCAGCAUUAUUCCACAUCUUCAACAUUUUUAAUCCCAUUUGUACUUUUCAAAAUAUUAAGAUUUGUUUAAAACUUCGUUAUAAUGGGAUUCAAUGGGAAAAGGGCUUCAGACGUAGUCAACUUCAACCUCUUCUCAUUCAUUCAUACUUUCACCUAGAAACUUCAUUCAAACUUUAAAAUAUUCACACAUCUUCAGGCAUUCACUCAUUCAUUCACCAUCUUCAUGGCAUUCAUACUUUUCUCACAGUGACAGUUCAAAAAGUCCAAGAUUUUCUGACCUGUUCAGGUUUUAACAUUAGUGUGUAUUGCACGGAAUGUUGGCAGCUAGAGUGGGCGACCUCACAGCUAGAGUGAGACAGGCAGAAAAUUGAUCCUCAAAACUUUGUCUUUACAAAAGGAUUGUGGCAACUCACUUGGCUCUACACAGAUAAAAUGUGGUACAGUGAUGGCAAAACUUGCUGUCACUCUUCAUCUCAAAAAUCAAAGCCAUAGGACACACACAGUGGCCUGGGCAGACACCAACUGCCGCAGACAUCCCCCAGAUUUCUCCAGCUUUCUCCAUUGACUCCAAUGUAAACCUGAGAGGAGGAUUCUCAGAGGAAACACAAACUGGACAUGUUUUUAACUUGCAUUUUUGGCUCCACAAACACAGAAGUUGUAUCAACGUGUUCAGCCGGGCCUUGUGGUUGUCACAAGCUCCUGAUCAUGAAGAUAGCAGUUACAGAGGAUGAGAAAUAUGACGUUGUUUGGGCAUUACGUUCUCAGCCUCAAGCCUCCUUUCUCCUGCUGUUGUUAAGCAUCUAUCGUCACCAUGGCAACCAAUAAGAGCACCUGGAGACACACAGCUGGCUGGAAAGCUGCUUCUAACAGCCAUAUGAGACACAUGAAGCCAGGCUCAGUACACAGAGUACUGGGGGUUACAUUUAAAACCCUUCAAUAGAGUUAUUUGACAAAAUUUGUCAUCUAUCUCUUCGCACAAACCUUGAGCUACAGAAACCAUUCAGGGCUUAAUAAACUCAGCUCAUUGAGGACAUUAUGGGGUCCAAUCAGGAUUUUUAUUCAUUUACAUUUCCCCCAUUUUUCAAUCAUUCAUUGAAAAUGCAUUAUUUAACUCUUCAAACUAAUUUAAACUCCUUCAAACUGAUUUAAACCAUUUUGAUUCUUCAAACGUGUUUUUCUUCGAGAUUUGUAACCUUUUUAUUUUCCAGUUUUAAAUCAUUUUUUACUUUUAGUGCAUUUUUCAGUUCUUUCAAACAAAUUCAGACCCAUUUAAACUGAUUUAAAACUUAUUGAUUCUUCAAGCCUUUCCCAUGCUUCAGGGUUUUUAAUCAUUUUAAUUUUCACACAUUGAAUUUUAAAAAUUAAUAUUCAUGCAUUAUUCAAUUCAUUUAAUUGAGUUUAUUCAAAUUGAUUCAAAUCUUCCUAAAACUUCAUACCUUUUUACCUUUCACAUAUUUUUAAAAUUCAGCCAUUCGCAAUACCAGCUUAGCGAUAGCAAUGUCAACUGAAGCAAUCCCACUUGCAAUUUCUUCAGAAAUUGCAUUUUCUAGUUAUUAUUAUUCUGCCGUUUUUUGGCCCCCAACUACUUCCACAUACUUCAACAUAUUCAAACGAUUCAAACUUCAAAAUAUUCAUCUCAUUUAGGAUAUUCUGGCUUGUAUUCAAAAAUUUCCUAACAUUCAUACUUUCCGUAAUGUUCCAGGUUUUCCGACCAAUUUCUCCCAUUAGAAAUGCAUUACAGAUGUUCAAAACGGCCCUUUUUCUCACAUUUUCUUGACACAACAUUCAAACUUUAAAACAUUCUCACACCCCCAGACAUUCAUUCACCAUCUUCAUCGCAUUCAUACUUUUCUCACAGUGACAGUUCAAAAAGUCACAGGAUUUUCUGACCUCUUCAGGUUUUAACAUUAGUGUGUAUUGCACGGAAUGUUGGCAGUUAGAGUGGGUGAUCUCAUCGCUAGAGUGGGAGAGGCUGAAAAUUUAUCCUCAAAACUUUGUCUUUACAAAAGGAUUGUGGCAACUCACUUCACUCUACACAGACAAUAUUUGGUACAGUGAUGGCAAAACUCGUUGUCACUCUUCGUCUCAAAAAUUAAAGCUGUAGAACACACACAGUGGCCUGGGCAGACACCAACUGCCACAGACAUCCCCAACAUUUCUCCAGCUUUCUCCAUUGACUCCAAUAUAAACAUGAGAGGAGGAUUUUCGGAGGAAACACAAACUGGACAUGUUUUUACAUGUGAACUCCUCCAUAGUGAAGUGUCCAAGCUACAAACAUCACACCCUCAGUCUCUGAUCAUCAUCUCUGGAGACUUUAAUCAUGCAUCACUCUCCUCCACUCUCCCUACCUUCACCCAGUAUGUAAACUGCCCAAGAAGAGACAAUAAAACUUUGGACUUACUCUACGCAAACACCAAGGAUGCAUACACCUCCUCCCCCCUCCCCCCGCUGGGCCGCUCAGAUCACAACCUGGUGAGACUGCAGCCCAUUUACAUACCUAUGGUGGAAACAACCCCCACAAUCAGGUAUGUUAAGAGGUGGUCUGAGGAGGCCACUGAGGCGCUGCAGGACUGUUUUGAGACCACAGACUGGGAUGUACUGUGCGGCCCACAUGGUGAUGACAUCGACACCAUGACAGACUGUAUCACGGACUAUAUAAACUUCUGUGUUGAGAACACCAUACCCACCAGGAAAGUACGGUGUUUCUCCAACAGCAAACCCUGGGUGACCCCGUAACUUAAAGUCCUCCUGAAGGAGAAGAGGAGGGUUUUUAAAUCUGGGGACAAGGAGGAGCUGAGGAGGGUGCAGAAGGAGCUGAAGAAGAAGAUCAGAGAGGGAAAGGUCAGCUACAAGACCAAGAUGGAAAACCUUCUGCAACAGAACAACGCAAGGGAGGUCUGGAGAGGCCUGAAAUCCGUCUCAGGUCAUAGCAGGGGCCAUGAGAGGGGACCUGAAGCAGGAGACAGGGAGUGGGCCAACGAGCUGAAUCUGUUCUUCAAUAGAUUUGACUCUGCUCCCACUCCUCCCCCGACUCAUCAAACCAAAGACCCGUCUGCUGCUUCUUCUUCACACCACCUCAGUCCCAUGGCACCGGCAUCAUCAACCCCCCUCCACUCAUCCUCCACCACCCCCUCCAGCACCACCCCCACCCCCCAGCCAUAACAGCUGACCAGGUGAGAAGUGAGCUGAGGAAGAUGAAGCCAAGGAAAGCCAUGGGUCCUGACGGCAUCAGCUCCAGACUCCUGAAGGACUGUGCAGACCAGCUCUGUGAGGUGCUACUGCACAUCUUCAGCUUGGGCCUGAGUCUGGAGAGGGUCCCAACACUGUGGAAGACUUCCUGCGUGAUUCCUGUCCCCAAGACAGCACACCCCAGGGAGCCCAACCACUUCAGACCUGUGGCCCUCACUUCUCACCUGAUGAAGACUCUGGAGAGGAUCGUGCUGAGGAACCUCCGCCCCCUGGUGAGCUCUCAUCUGGAUCCUCUGCAGUUUGCGUACCAGCCGAACAUCGGGGUGGAUGACGCAGUCAUCUACCUGCUGCAGAGGUCCAUGGCCCACUUGGAGAACACCGGCAGCACAGUGAGGGUCAUGUUUUUUGACUUCUCCAGUGCUUUCAACACCAUCCAGCCUUCACUGCUCCCCCUUCCUCUUCACCCUGUACACCUCGGACUUCAGCUACAACUCUUGGAGCUGUCACAUCCAGAAGUUCUCUGAUGACACAGCCAUCAUCGGAUGUGUAUCGUCAGGGGAUGAGCGCGAAUACAGGACUGUCAUCACUGACUUUGUCAACUGGUGUGGCACAAACCACCUCCAGCUCAACGCCAGUAAGACAAAGGAGAUGGUUGUGGAUUUCCGCAGGAGGAGGACACCUCAGACUGUUCCAGUGAACAUCCAGGGUCUGGACAUCGAGAUGGUGGAGUCCUACAGAUUCCUGGGUGUCCACCUCAACAAUAAACUGGACUGGUCAACCAACACAGACGUACUGUACAAGAAGGGCCAAAGUCGUCUCCACCUGCUGAGGAGACUGAGGUCUUUUGGAGUGUGCAGGACUCUGCUCAGGACUUUCUAUGACUCUGUGGUAGCAUCUGCACUUUUCUAUGCAGUGGUCUGCUGGGGGGCAGGGAGCACCGAGAGGGACAGGAAGAGACUGAAUAGACUGGUCAGGAGGGCCAGUUCUGUCCUGGACUGUUCUGUGGACUCCCUGGAGGAGGUGGCUGAGAGGAGGAUGUUAACAAAGCUUGUAUCCAUCAUGGACAAUCCCUCUCACCUCCUGCACCAGACUGUGGGGGCUUUAAGCAGCUCCUUCAGCAGCAGACUGAGACUUCCACCUUGCAAGACGGAGCGCUACCGCAGGUCAUUCCUCCCCUCUGCAAUAAGAUUUUACAAUGAACUGUAAUAAUAACUGGACUCACACCACCACUUUUUUCUGGCAUUUAAACUGUGGUUAUUGUAGAUAGUUUUAUUUUUCUUCUCCCUUUUUCCUUUUCUAAAUUUUUUCUUAAUUAUUACGUUUAUUUAAGUUCUUAAUAUUAGGAUCUUUAUUUUUAUAACCGCUUUUUUGCACUCUUUGUCUGUGAUGCUGCUGUGACAAAAAAAAUUUCCCCCAUGGGGGAUCAAUAAAAGGAAUAUUUUACUCUUUUUAACUUGUCCUAGUGAAGACAUUUUUGGCUCCACAAACACGGGAGUUGUAUCACCGUGUUCAGCCGGGACUUGUGGUUCUCACAAGCUCAUUAUCAUGAAGAUAGCAGUUACAGAGGAUGAGAAAUAUGACGUUGUUUGGGCAUUACGUUCUUGGCCUCAAGCCUCCUUUCUCUUGCCGUCGUGAUGCAUCUGCCGUCACCAUGGCAACCAAUAAGAGCACCUGGAGACACACAGCUGGCUGGAAAGCUGAUCCUAACGGCUGUAUGAGACACAUGAAGCCAGGCUCAGUACACAGAGUACAUGGGGUUACAUUUAAAACCCUUCACAAGAACACUUCAACAAACUUCAGGACCUAUUCCCUUCCACAAACUUUGAGCUACAGAAACCAUGCAGGGCUCAUAAAAUUCAGCUCACUGUGGAUAUUAUGGGGUCUAAUCAGGAUUUUUAUUUAUUUGAUUUUUCCCAUUUUUUAAUCACUCAGUGAUUAUGCAUUAUUUAAUUCUGCCAACUAAUUUAAACUCAUUUUAACUGUUUCAAACCUUUCUGAACCUUCAAACCCCCCAUACUUCCAGAUUUUAAAUCAUUUAAAUUUUUCCGUUUUAAAUCAUUUUUAUUCUUCCUUUAUAUAUUAAAUUUUUCAAACAAAUUCCAGCUCAUUUAAAGUGAUUCAAACCUUUCUGAUACUUCAAGCCUUUCCCAUACUUAAGGGGUUUUAAUCAUUUUUAUUUUCACAUGUUCAUUCUUUUUAGUUAUUAUUCAUGCAUUAUUCAGUUCAUUCAACUGAGUUCAUUCAAAUUGAUUCAAAUCUUCCUGAUACCUUGAACCUUCUUGUCUUUUACAUAUUUUUUAAACUUCAGCCAUUCGCAAUAGCAGCUUAGCGAUAGCAAUUUCAACUGGAGCAAUCCCACUUGCAAUUUCUCCAGAAAUUGCAUUUUCUAGUUAUUAAGUGGAAAUGCUGAUUAAGCAUUUCCACUUAUUGUUAUUCUGUUCUUUAUUAAACUUAUCAUUAUUCUUCCGCCGAUUUUUGGAUCGCUUCUCCUCUUUCAAAAUUUAAACUAUUCCACUACUUCAGGACAUUGUUGUGUCUAUUUUUUUUUUAUCUUUCUACCCUUUAUACUUUUUGGGUUUUUUUUACUUUUUGUGCAAAGAUUUUAACAUUGAAGUCAAUGGGGAAAUCUUCCAAUUCUUCCUUUUAUUCUUACACGUUCUAAGCCUUAUAACUUCAGCAUACUUUUCUUUAGAGACCUCAUUUUUGCUUUAAAAUGUUCAUUAAUUUUUUGAUAUCUUGUACAGUUUUCCCAUGAUUUAGCUUUAAGGAACUCAUGGUUUUCAGCAAAUUUCAGGCUUUAUAAUGGGUGUGUAUUGGAAGAGCUCGAGUGAGGUGCUGUCAUAGCUAGAGUGGAGAGCUCCUCUUUUAUCGACAAAACCUAGCUCGAAUUUAUCGCUCCCACGCCCACAAAUCCCACUCCACAGCCAUAAAAAAUACAUCAAAAUGGAGGACAAGAAGUCCUGCUUGUCAAUAAAGAGGUUUCAAAUCAUUAAAUGGUACCCCUUGGCCAGCAGGUGACCAACUGUCCUAAAAGGCAGAGAUUCAUCCCAUUGACCAUAAUGUAAUCUUUCUCUCAGAAAAUCCUUAUCAUUUCUCAGGCUCAACACCUGUUUAACUCACCGUUGCGGCCACAUUUUUUAGAGUACAGAUGAACACAUCAUGAACACAUCAUUGUGUUCAUGAGGAGCGGAGGAUUGGUACGAUGUUCUUAUUUUCAUUCUGGGAUUUACGGAAAUCGUGCUGUGUGAAGAAGUUAAGAGGCCCUAAAUUCACUCCAGUUAGGCAGCUUCUCAUUCAAACAGUAGGUCAGUAAAUGCCUUUGAUGUCUGACACCUAUUCAGAUGCAUUAAUUAACAGGCACACGCACACACUCACACUCUGACAAUGUGUGUGCGUUAGUCUCUCUCUGUCUAUGAGACCUACAGGUACACACAGUAAUUAUGUGUCUGCUUCACCACCUAUCUCCACCCACAAACUUUGAGCUACAGGAACCAUUCUGGGCUUGAAAAAUUCAGCUUAUCGAGGACACUUUGGGGUGUUUUAAGGAUUGUGAUAAUAAAUUGUAUUAAUGUGUUCAGCAGAGUCUUGUUGUUCCCACAAGCUCCUUAUCAUGAAUACAGAGGUUGACCAUCAGCUUUUUCUGUUAUCAGAGACUCAAUAAAAUUUUGAGUUAACAGUUAAAACCUAUAGUCUGCUUUUUUUUUUUUAAAUCAAAGAAAGGCAUUGAUAAGGGAAUCGUUAAAGAAUUGAAUCAAUAAGCAGAAUUGAUAAUGGCAUCGAUAUUGAUUAAAUCUUAUCAAUUACCAUCCCUAUUUAAAUCCCACAUUGUUUGUGUCCUGAAAAGAAGUUGUUGCAUGGUAUGUUUAAACAUAAUCCAUUUUGUGUCUAAAAAGGGUGACUAAACACCAUUACAUACUAUUAUCAGUCUCUAAACAUCGUCGAUAAGUUAAAAACUACUAAGCUGUCCACCAAGUGAUCACCUUUUCUUUAAAGCCUGGAGUUCUCCAUGAAGGUUUGCUUUAGGCUGAUAGUCUCCAAAUAGAUCCACCAAAUGUCUUUUGCAGCUGUGUAAAUGUGCUUACUCUCCAGCUGUUUUUACAUUCAUACUGCAUGAAAUAGUGAAAACAAGUUCAGCCACAUUAUCCAUGUUGUGCCUCUUUGAUCUUAUCUCUCAUCACAUCUCUUCCCCACAUGCCAGAAAAUCUGCCCACACAUUUGAAUUACCUUUCCAUGAAAGGUAAUAAGGUUGGGUGAAACCUGUCGGUGUUUGCCAGAGCUUUGCUGUCUAUUGACGUUGAAUAUUUCAACCAAGAGUCCACUUAACUGAAGCCUCUGACCACCUACCCAGUCACUGCUCUGACAUCUCUGUUGUUGUCUGUUGUAUCUGUUGGCUCAUCCCCUUGCAGGCCGGGACAGGGCAGGCAGUCGGCCUACAGUCUGUGACGUCAUCACCACGCGCCAUCCUGACUCUCCAUCAACCCCCAUCUCUGACUGUGUGUAAGUGAGACCGGACUCAGCUGAGAGAGGGUGUUUGGGAGUGAGUGCUUGAAUGAUGAUAAUGUUUGAUGUAUUUAUUUCAAUCAAACAUGUUUCCAGACUCUUAGAUGUCGAGUGUUGGGGUGUAAUGAUUCAUCCCUUUGUGUGGAAGUAGUGAUUUGGUGUUCACUGAUCCAUUAUUAUUGAUGCAAAGUCAAAGCAUCUUUGAGUUUAAUCCUUAAGUUCAGUAGCACGUAAGGUUGUCAAAUUUUUAAUACACAUAUGACUUGGUGCCAUAACUGUAAUGUUUUCAUUCAGUGGUUUCAGACAGCACCAAAGUCUUAAGAAAAUUACAGAGCUCAUAUUUUCAGCCAGAGGAAGCAGAGGUUGUUGAUCGACAUAGAGAUUAAGUAAGGGGCGAGCACUGAAUACGAAUACAACAGAACAAAACUGAAAGACGUGAACCCUCAGCAGGUACACAGAACAACACACAUCCCUGGAUGAUAGAUUGCAACUCAGAAGGAAUGUUUCAUACAGGUUAUUUUCAGGGAAAUCUCAUUUAUUUGGCCUUGAAUUACUAUGACAGUAUGUUUAAUGUAUGUCUUUCUCUCAUGACUAUUUCUGUAUCAGCACUGUGUAUAGUUUUAAAAAAUGACCCCCUUUGGGUACCUAGGAGUGAAUUUUUUGGUGCUCUGGUAUAAAACAGUUAUUGAACGUUGAUUAUUUUUUACUGGUAUAAUCUGCAUGUCUUUUGAUACUGCACAAAGUAAGGCAGGCAGACAAGAAAAAGACCAAGAGGAGCCCCCCCCCCUUUAUAUAUAGGGGGAGACUUCUUGUCUUUAUUUUUAGCCAAUAUAUCUGAGUGUCUUUUGCCAGGCGUUAAUGCCUGAACUUCAUCAAAAUGCAUCAAGGCAGACCUUAUUAUAGGAAGUAUUGCAACAUUGAUAAAAUAAAAAUAAUAUUGGAUAUGACAAAACUAAGGAUUUGUGCCACUAGUUACUGUGUUCAUGUGACUCUUUAGAACCAAACAGAGUAUUAUUGACAGACAGGAGGAAAACAAGACAGAUGCUGAGUAAAUGAUCAAUUCCCACAUUGCUGUGGAUUCAACUUAUGGUUCAGACGUUACAUAGCCCGAGAGUGUUAAAAAUGCGUGUGCGUGCGUGUGUGCGUGCGUGCGUGUGUGUAUGUGUGUGAGACUGAGUGAGUGAGUGUAUUCCCAGGGUUUGACUUCUUCUUUGACUCUCAUGGACUCCAUGACUGCUGACUUCUUCCACCUAACAGGCCACUCACUGUCGUCUUCUCUUUUUUUUCUCCUGCCUCUCACCCUCCUCUCCUUCAACUAUGCUUACUUCACUUCGAACACUUUUGGCCUUUUAUACUCCUCCUCCUCCUACCUUUCUUCUACCUCCCUUUAUUUAAACUUUUCUCUCAUUUCUUCCCUCUCUUGUUUCUUUCUUUUUCUCCUUCUCUUGUCUGUGUCUUCUCCAUGCAGACUUGACCAGCAGACCCCGUAG